AUGAUUAUCUUCAAGGACAUCGUUACCGGCUCUGAGCUCAUCUCCGACUCCUACGAUCUGAAGGAGAUCGAUGGCAUCCUCUAUGAGGCCGACUGCGCCAUGAUCUCGGUCGGUGGUGAGACCUUUGACACUGGUGCCAACGCUUCCGCCGAGGAGGCUGAGGAGGGUGUCGAGGACGGUGUCUCCAAGGUCAACAACAUCAUCCACUCCUUCCAGCUCCAGGAGAUGCCCAUGGACAAGAACGGCUACAAGGCCCACGUCAAGACUUUCAUCAAGACCGUCAAGGCUCACAUUGAGGCCGACACCACGAAAGAUGCCGAGACCAAGGCCGCCGAGCUCGAGGCUUUCAAGAGCAAGGGCCAGGCUUUCAUCUUGAAGGUCCUCAAGAACAUUGGCGACUACGAGUUCUACAUUGGUGAGGCCGGUCCCAGCGACAACGACGACCAGCACGUCGCUCUCCUCAACUACCGUGAGGAUGGUGUUACCCCCUACUUCACCUUCUGGAAGCACGCUCUCAAGGGUGAGAAGGUUUAA